GUGUCCCGAGCUCCACUCCACUGCUACUAGCCUACUACGCAUACACAGCCACCUGCCAGCUUUGGCGAUCGAGCAACGACGACGGACGGCCGGCCGGACGGACGGUGGACAUGGAGCGCGGCGACGACUGCCAGUUCAUGGUGGUGCACCAGUACGACGAGGCGGCACAGCUCAUGCACCAGCUGAUGGUGGCGGCCGCGGGGGACCAGCAGGACCCCAACGCGGGCGCGGCGGGGCGGGGAGCCGGCGGCGGCGGCGGGGAGAGGAAGCGGCGGUUCACGGAGGAGCAGGUGCGUUCGCUGGAGACGACGUUCCACGCGCGGCGCGCCAAGCUGGAGCCCCGGGAGAAGGCGGAGCUGGCGCGGGAGCUGGGCCUGCAGCCCCGGCAGGUGGCCAUCUGGUUCCAGAACAAGCGCGCGCGGUGGCGAUCCAAGCAGCUCGAGCACGACUACGCCGCGCUCCGGGCGCGGUACGACGCGCUCCACGCCCGCGUCGACUCGCUCAGGGAGGAGAAGCUCGCGCUCGCCAAGCAGGUGGAUGAGCUGAGGGGGAGGCUGCAGAGCGUCAGCGAGCGGCAAGACCAGAGCGGCAGCUGCGAGGUCAACGACGCCGCGGACGACGGCAAGAGGAACCUAAAUAGCACCACCACCACCUGCCUGGUGCUGGUGCAGGAGGACGAUGGUGCCACGCCGCCGGCCGCAGUAGACGCCUCCGGCUCCGAGGACUCGGCGGCGACCGAGUACGGCUACGGCUACGACUACGACCACGUCGUCGCGUACGGCGAGGGCCUGCACGAUCCCUUGUGCGCCACUCCGGACCUGUGGGAUACAUGGCCGCUGCUGGAGUGGAACGCGGUGGCAUGAACCCACGACCACGAGCGAGGAAGAAGCAGCAGUCGUGUACUCGAUCAUCUCUCAUGUCUCUUCUUCUGUAUCGUCACAGUGUACGUGUACGUGUACGUGUGGUGGAUUCAUGGUGAUUCAGUUGAUCCGUGGAGAGAUUGACUGACGGGAAACAGAUAGAGAUAGAGCUAGCUGUGUAUUGAUCAGGAAUCAGCUGGAGGGGGAUCGAUGGAUGGACCAUGAAAGCUUCAUCACGCAUUGUACACCAGGGCUCGAGCGAGGGGACGAUCGAUCCCUCGUCGGCCUCUCGAUCGGCCGCCGUGCAUCUUAGGAUCCAUGUCCGUGAGAGGUGUGAUUCGAUCAGAGCCGAGGCAAUGGUGUCGCACGCACGUGGUUAAUUUACGCAUGCUGUUGUGUUGCUGCA